UUUCUCUGUUUGCCCUGAAUCUACUCACAAUCAGUUCAUUAGGUGACCUCAAGUCAUUGCUAAGUGGAGAAAAAUGACUUUACUCGCUUUCUUCAUACAAUGCAUAAUUUUAUGCUCUUACUUUAUCCCGGAAAAACAACAACCCUUCUAGCUGCUAGGAGUGUAAGUUCAGGAGAGUCCUUAAAAAAAAAAAAAAAAGUUUAAAAAUUUUUGUUACAGAAGGAGAUGAAUUAGUAAAAACUUCUGAACUUAAAAAAACACACCACCCUUCUCUUAUGAACAUAUCUCAUUCUGAUGCUAAUAGAUAUCAAAUGAUACAUAGAUGUGGGGUUGGCGGUAGGAUUAUAGAUGUUUCUGUUGUGAAGAAAUCAUUGGUUUUUGUAUUCAUCUCUUUGAAGCCACACUUGAGAAGGUGGGCUGUAUCCCUGGACAGCACUGUCUCUUUAUCACUCUUUGAAGAGCAGGCUGCCAACUCUUGCCUUCUCACCCCUGAAGCAACCUGGGGUGCAGUGUGCACUUAGUCUGCCCUCUUUGGCCAUUUCCACCACAGGGAUGCCUUUACCUUUCUUCCAAUAUCCUGACUGACUGGAAUUGCAAGUACUGUAAAUAAGAAGUUGCUAUCUCUAGCUCCCUCCUGUGGUCAACUGAAACUACUACUUUACUUGAACUUUAGUACUUUGAUUUGAAAUUGGACAUGGUAAUUGUUUUGAUUUUAGAGGCUGAAACAGAUAUACUAGCCAAGGGGCGUCAAACUCAAUUGGGUGGUGGGCUGGAUUUGAUUUGAAUGCACCUCCCAGAGGUGCAUUCACACCUCACACCCACUUCACAUUGCCUUCUUCAGGAGGCCAGAUUUCUUUCUCUGCCCCAGCUACAUCAGAGGUGCACAGCUUGCAGAUCCAUGGGGACAGGGAUGAUGCUGAGUUCAUGGGCCACAUCCUCAAUAGAAGAAGUUUCUCAGGCAGCUCCAAAAGCAAUUUGCUGGUUGCAGCUCUAUAUCUAUAAGGACCGUGAGGUUACCAGAUCCCUGGUGCAGCGUGCAGAGAAAUCAGGAUACAAAGGCAUCUUUUUGACUGUGGACACACCAUUUCUUGGUAAACGCUUGGAUGAUGUACGCAACAAGUUUCAACUCCCUCCACAUCUCAGAAUGAAGAACUUUGAAACAAAUGAUCUGGCAUUUUCAUCUGAGAAGGGCUAUGGAGAAAACAGUGGCCUGUCUGUUUAUGUAGCAGAGGCUAUUGAUCCAUCGAUUAACUGGGAGGACGUGAAGUGGCUCAGAGGACUGACUUCAUUGCCAGUUGUUGCUAAAGGCAUCCUUAGAGCUGAUGAUGCUAGAGAAGCAGUGAAGCAUGGUGUGGAUGGAAUCCUGGUGUCGAAUCAUGGUGCUCGCCAGUUGGAUGGGGUUCCAGCCACUAUUGAGGUUCUACCUGAAAUAGUAGAAGCAGUUGGAGGAAAGGUGGAGGUGUUCCUAGAUGGUGGAAUAAGGAAAGGCACUGAUGUCCUCAAAGCCCUUGCCCUUGGAGCCAAAGCAGUGUUUAUAGGAAGGCCUGCCAUCUGGGGACUUGUCUAUCAGGGUGAAGAUGGUGUGAAGCAAGUUCUUCAGAUAAUGAAAGAAGAGUUCCAGUUAGCAAUGGCACUUUGUGGUUGUCAGAGUGUGAAAGCAAUAGACAGAACAUUGGUACGGAGAGAUCAGUGGGCUGCCUCUAAGAUCUAGAUGUGUUUGCUACCUCUGUUGCCAGUGUCAAAUCAGUUGCUGUUAUCUUCCCUUUUGUAUCAAGGAAUGAGAAUUGCAAAGUGAAUUUUCCAUUACAUUACAGCUGGAUCAAAAUGAAAUGUCCAUGUUCUUUUUGAAAGUCAGAUUGUUUUGUAAAUUCACUGAGGUAUCAUUGUAAUGCCUAAUGUAGACAGUAGUGAGAAGUUAUAGAAAUAUGUUUACAGAUAAAACUUUUUUCCUCUAA